AUGGUUGAAUUUACAUUAUUCAAAUAUGGUAGCAUAAAUCGUGCAAUACAUCAAAUAAAUUCAUCAGUUAAUCCAUUGAAUAUUGAAGAUCGUUGUCGUUAUUUACGAGAUAUUUUUACAUCAUUAUUAGAUUUACCAUGGAUAUUUAUAUUAGUUUUAUUUGUUUUUUGUUUUGCAACAUCAUGGCUUUUAUUUGCUAUUAUUUGGUAUGUUAUAAUGUUUGUUCAUGAUGAUUUUUCUAACAAAACGUUGAAUGUAACUCAUAAUAAUCAUAUUCCUUGUGUUAUUGGUGUCAAAUCAUUUGGUGGAUCACUUCUUUUUUCAAUAGAAACUCAACAAACAAUUGGUUAUGGAACACGAUCAGUAACUGAAGAAUGUUCAGUAGGAGUAGCUGUUUUAAUAAUUCAAAGUUGUUUUGGUCUUAUCAUUCAAGCACUUUGGAUUGGCCUUAUUUAUACAAAAUUAUCUCGUCCUAGAAAACGUCGUCGAACAUUAAUAUGGUCUCGACAAGCUGUGAUAUCACUUCGUGAUGGAAUUUUAACAUUGCAAUGUCGUUUAGGUGAUAUGCGUCAUAGAUCAACAUUAAUUGAAGCUCAUAUUAGAAUGUAUUUUGUUUCAAAACGUCAAACAAAAGAAAAUGAAAUAAUUCCACUUAAUUUGUUCGAUAUGGAUGUUGGUUUUGAUACAGGAAAAGAUCGAUUAUUUCUUAACUGGCCACUUAUUAUUGAACAUAAAAUUGAUUCACGAAGUCCAUUAUAUGAAAUGAAUAAAGAAACACUAUCGAAAGAAAAAUUUGAAAUAUUAGUUGUUCUUGAAGGAAUUAUUGAACCAACUGGAAUGGUUACACAAGCUAGAACUUCUUAUAUGCCUGAAGAAAUUCUUUGGGGAGCAAGAUUUCAAAGAAUGAUUCAUUUUGGUAAAGAUCAUUAUACCUUGGAUUAUUCGAAAUUUGAUUCGAUUGUUGAAGAUAAUGCUACAUCUGAUUGUUCAGCUAAAAAACUUCAUGAACAAACAUAA